AUGGACGACAAUCCUCUUAUUGAACUGUUCGAAGAUCUUGCGGACUCUGAAAACGAUGAAAAGAAACUGCACGCUUUAAUAAAAAGAUGCCACACUGCAUCGAGUCGUGAGCUUAAAGAUUUCGUCGAUGAACUGUCGGAACUGCUGUGCAAUUCUUUCGAUUCGUAUAUACCCACCUUGAAAACUUUCCUUUCCCAAUUAUUGGAAGAGUAUUCAAAGCGUCAUAUUUUGUUGUCUAAAUAUAAUAAUACUGCGCUUCAAAAUUUUCCUUCUCUUUUAACCGACUGCAUAAUCGUACAGAACCUUCCCCAAUGUGAUCUUUCGGGUUUUGGAGAAAUAUUUGACUGCUGUUUCGAGCUUCUAUGGCGAGCUCAAAACAAUAAGAUUGCCAUUCGAAUGACUAAAGAUUUCUUAAUCAAAAUCCUAGAUUGGGACGGUGUUCUGGGAAUUUUAGUAUCAGGAUCACAUGGUCGCAAUUGUCUUAAGCGCAUCUUGUCUGAAUUAAAUAUAGAUAAUAGGAUAGAAAAAGAAAAGUUGCUGAAGGCGGUGGAGAUGAUUGCGGCUAUUGUGGAACAAUGUUCCAGGCAUAAGGAUGUAUCACCUCGUCUAUCGGAGGCUUUUUCUGUAUACAAAGCUUGUAAUUCAUUAUUAGAUAAAUUCAAAAGUUACCAGAUUGCUGAGCAUUCAUUGCUACCAAUUCUGUGCGACGACGAUGAACGACACCUCUCGCUGUUGGGAAUGUCAGCGCCCCAAAGGUCAUCGGAUAUAUAUCAUUAUGUGCAAACGUUAAAACAGCGAAAAAUAGAUUUAUUUCAGAAAAAAGCACUCUUUCGUUUUUCUCCUGACAAAUACUCUUCACUCAUGGAGGAAGAAGAGCUAACAAAUAAUAGAGUAUUUAAACCACCGGAACGUAUUUUUCACCUUCCAUUUGAGUUUGAUGAGAAUGAUAAACUUGGAGCAUGGGAUAUCCUAAUAAGUGAAGACGCGAUAAAGGAUAUGUUGGAUUUAGAAUCACCUACGAAGAUCAAAGCUGUAAUGAAAAAGCUCGGGAAAAUAUCAUCCGGGAUCUGGGAUAAGCACGGGCUGAAGCUUCUAGAUCCAUCUCUUUCAAUUCCUGUUUAUGCAACAGAACUCGAUGAUCAUGGUGGCCUAAAAAUACUCUGGCAGGUUGACUACGGAUUUUCUGUUCGUAAUUAUAUGCUUAUGCAACUUGUGAAAGUUUGGGCUGUUACUACCAACAAAGAUCAAAUCGCUAAGCUGUUAGAAUACCUCAAGAUGCUCCAUCAAGUUUACACAGUUGAACAAAGUUCCCGUUGUGCUAUUCAGCGGAUUAGAAACGACAUGAUUUUACCAAAAAUCUUUGACGAAGAGAAGAUAAAAUCCACCGAAGACGAGCUUCACAUCUCUCAAAUGGAUGAUGAGAAGCUGCUAGAGAUUCACAAAAUGCUUGUUACUAAUAAAUUCAUUCCCUUAUCAAAAAAUCUGUUUAAGUCGCUGGUAAUGGGUGGUACCGAUUUUACUUUUCAGGUAUCAAAAGUGGAAUACGAAAUAAUCAACAAUCCCACCUCGGCUAUCAUAAUUGGUCGAUCAGGCACAGGCAAGACCACAUGCAUUGUGUACAGACUACUUGCCUCCUAUCUCAACAAUUCAAGUUAUUCAUUCUAUAAAACGCCUUUCUCUCACAAAAGACAAAUAUUCAUCACAGUGAGCCCCGUUCUAUGCCGUAGGGUAAAAGAAUACUUCUAUAGGCUGCGACAAUCGGCAGCGCUUGCUGAAACAAAAAUGUCGAUAGCUCAGUUCUAUGAAUACGCUAGAAAAAAAGAGGAGGAAAGUUGCAAUCCCGAUCUAACUGAUAACAAUAUGUUUGAAGAGAGAGACGACGAUAAGGUUUUAAGCGAUAUCCCAGACUCGUUUUCUCAACUGACAGAGGAACAUUUUCCAUUAUUUAUUACCUACAAAAAGUUCAUCGAAAUGCUUGAGGGGACAUAUGGAAUUGAUGUUCGAAAGAUCCAUCUAAAUCAAAAAUCAAAAAUAGAUGAAGAUGAUGAGGAUAUUUAUACUAAUGAAGAGAGUUUUCAACCACAACCUUCCUUUGCUAACAAAUCUAACAAAUCGUGGGCUCACUUUGUGGACUAUGAUGUUUUUAAGAAAAAGUAUUGCAAUCAUUUCAAUGAGAAUAAACUGGAUCCUGAACUAGUUUAUUCCGAGUUUUCCGUUAUUAAGGGGUCGAAUCCCAAAGGAGAGUAUUUAUCAAGAGAGGAUUAUCAGACUAUAAGUACCAAGAAAUAUCCUGCAUUUUGCCAUAACCGGGACAAAAUUUACGACUUAUUUCGGCGAUAUGAAAAGAUGAAGGCGCUUAAUGGUGAUUAUGAUUCGAUAGAUCGAACGCUAGCCAUUUUACAUUGUGCCACCAAAAAGGCACUUAGAAGUCCACACAUUCAUGAAAUAUACAUCGAUGAAUGCCAAGACAACCAGAUUGUGGAUUUUGGUCUUAUCUUGAAGAUCUUCAAUCGCGUUGACAAUAUUUUUUUAGCUGGAGAUAUAGCGCAAUGUAUAGCCAAGGGCUCUUCUUUCCGAUUUCAAGAUAUACGCGCCUUGAUGUAUGAAUGGGAACUCGAUCGAGUUCGAGUUAAUAAUACCCUCCGUGGUCCUAUAAAACCAAAUCAAUUCGAGCUAAACAUUAACUACCGUUCCCAUAAUGGGAUCCUUCGACUUGCUGCUUCAAUAAUUAAGCUUAUCCGUCGCUUCUUUCCUGAAUCAAUUGAUCAUUUAUCAAGUGAACGUGGCGAGGUUGGUGGUCCGCGGCCUAUAGUCUUUAAAGGUUUUAAAGCUGAAACCUUCCAUUUCAAUGUCUUUUCUGCCGGUGAGAAUACUGGAAAUUAUAUUGAAUUUGGAGCUGAACAGGUUAUUAUUGUACGUGAUGAAGAUUCUAAAUUGCGUGUUCAAAACUUAAUUGGAAAGGCUGGGUUGGUGAUGACCGUAUUUGAGGCGAAAGGAAUGGAAUUUUGUGACGUAUUGUUGUAUAAUUUUUUUACAGAUCCCCCUGGUCAAAAGUGGCGAGUAAUUCUUUCUGAAUUGAAAAACCAGCCCGAUGGAGUUCAGACCUUUUCUCAUGAAAAGCAUUACGUCCUUUCUUCUGAACUUAAGCAUCUCUAUGUCGCAGUUACCAGGGCACGGCAACAUAUUUGGAUUUUUGACGAGAAUAGUGAAUACAUCGAACCAAUCUGCAAAUACUGGGAGCAAGAAGGGCUGGUCAAAGUGAUCAGAAGUGAAGAUAAAAUCAGCACCUUCCCUACGUUGGCUAAAAAGAGCAAUUCAGCGGAAUGGAACCGAAAGGGAAGGAAGUUUUUUGAAUCGCGGCAGUAUGAACAGGCUAUUUUCUGUUUCGAGAAGAGUGAAAAUCAUGAAAGUCUCAAGUUAGCCAAUGCCUAUCGUCUUCAACAGAUAGCAAGGGCCUCCAUAAAUGAUUCCGAUCAGACUACCAUAAAUUCGAAUUUUAUUCGUGCAGCUGAUGCAUUUCGAAUGUGUUCUCGGCCGAUACAGGCGGCUUUAUGCUAUGAGGAUAUCAACAUGUAUGAAAAAGCUGCUAGCGUUUACGUUGAAUGUGAUAUGUUUGAUGAUGCCGCACGUUGUUAUCUUGAGGUUCCCGACUUUGGAAAUGCGGGGAAGUAUUUUGAAAAGGCGAAUAAGUAUACCGAUGCUGUUGUUGCUUAUAAAAAUGAUCGUGAUUAUAGAAAAGUCAUUGAUUUGAUGCAAAGUCACAGAGAAAAGAUUGACGAGAAAAUAUUUAACCGCAUUACACGUCUUGUUAAUAUCCAUUACCGCCGGAAGGAAGAUAAAGAAAUGAGCGAGAAAGCUCUAUCCGUUCUUCCAACUCAGGAGGAACAAAUAAAUCUUCUUCGAGACCAUGCUCCUGAAGAGCUUCAGGAGGUCUGCAAGAAAAGUGGACAAUUUCGUGCCGCUGCUGAAGACUUACGUUUUCGUGGAAAGUUCAAUGAAGCGAUUGAUACAUUCCUUCGAUCUGACAAUGAUGAGGAUAUCAUAGAGGCUUUACGAUGUUGCCUCUAUUUAUGUAGAGUCAAAGUAUUGAACAUAACAAUGAUAAAUUUCGGAAGAUUAAAUGAUUCUCCUGAAUAUCUAAAUGAUUUAAUUGAUUUAAAUGACAAACUUUCUAAGGCCACUAAUAUCAUUACGAAAGUCAAAUCACG